AUGGUCCUUCAUCGUCGAAAGCGUCACCCGCUGCACCCCUUGAAGCGCCCAAGGGACGCGCUGUCCAAGGGACGACGCGAGGUGCUGACAGUAGAUACCCCCAGAUCAGUGGGAGUUGAUCCACUGCGCAUCCGCAAGUAUGAAGCCGCCAUGAAAGCUGCAUCGAGGAAGAAUGUCAUCCCUGGUUGUGCAAGCGUGGUCUUGAGACAUGGCAAGCUCAUCCACGCCAGAGCGUUUGGAUAUGCUGACCUGGAAACAAAAAGGCCCUUCCGCUUAGACACUAUUUGUCGGACCUUCUGUCUCACUAAGACCUAUGUCACUGUGGCCUUCAUGAUGCAGGUGGAGCAGGGCAAAGUGCGCCUAGAUGACCCUGUGGCCAAAUUCCUGCCUGCCUUUGCGGAUGUGCAGGUGGUGGCUGCUCGCUCCAGUGACGAAUCUCGACCAUCAUUGCUCUGCAAACCCAAGCGUGUGAUGCGAAUGCAACACUUGCUAACCCACACUUCCGGUCUCUCCUACGGUUGCGGCUUUGGGGAGGAGCCCAGUGAUGCCACUGAAACGGGCUAUGCCAAGCUGGUGAACGCGGUAGAUCAAGGCUCUGUGAGGAGCCUGGAAGACUUCACCAAUCGAUUGGCAAAGCUUCCGUUGCGGUUCCAUCCAGGUGAUGCUUAUGCCUAUGGAUUUUCCACCGAUGUCCUGGGCCGGGUGUUGGAAGUUCUCUGCGGAAAGCGCUUGGAAGAGGCUUUGGCAGACGCGUUGUUUCGCCCACUGGGCAUGCACGACACCAGCUUUUCAGUCCCAGAUGAGAAGUUGCAUCGCCUGGCGGCGUGCUAUGGCAACGCCAGCACCUGGGGACGUCUCUAUGGUACCCUCAGUGGUCGCGCGCCACGGGUCACCCGCACUGGACUGGUGCGUUUGGAUGGAGAUUCACCGGAAGAAAGUGCCUGGCGUCGUGGACAGGAGUGCAAAAUUCAGUCCGGUGGUGGCAUCAUGGGUCACCUGCAGGGCGGUCUGCUGAGCACCGUGGCAGACACCUUUCGCUUCGUGCGGAUGCUGGACAUGCGCGGCAUCACCAACGGCAUCCGGUUACUGCAGGAGGAGACGAUCCAAGCGAUGGAAAGGCCCAGGACAGAUUCUGGGCUUGCCAAUGAAGAGCGUCAGUGCUUGCUGGGAGCAUUGGCUGGCUUCAGUGGAAAGGAAUUUGGUUGGGGAGGAGCCGCUUGCACCUACUGGUCGGUCGACAGAAAGGAAGGCAAUGCCAUUGUGUGGUUUACCCAGCACUUGGAUAUGCCAGAGUGGGAGGACCAGGACAUAGUCAACAAGGAAGAAGCUGACAUAUGGACAGUACUGAAGAACGGAGCCAGGCGUCGAAAGGGCGGAAGAAGUUUCAGCAGUUCUGCUCUCAAAAGCUCCCUGAGUAGCUCCUCCAUGUGUUCGUUGUUGUCCUUGGAACAGGUAAAAGGUCCUGAGGAGGUGGUGGGCGAGCUAUGGUCCAAAUUGGAGGUUCGGGCGCGGUUGGCUGAAGAGUUGUGCAAUUUCUCGGAAGGCUACUUGACCUGCCUUCAGCUCAAGUCCUUCUUUGAGACGGGUGUCUUUAAAUCUGGCAUCGCCAGCAUCGAUGACGAGAGGUACCUGCUGAGUCUGAUCAGCGCUGUUCGUGAGCUGGAACGCUUCGCAGUGGGCCGUGCCAGGGUCCUGGACUUGCAGUCCAUUCGUACUGCCUGGACUGUGGCGCGAUGUGUGGAACAGGCCAUGGACAGAGCGAGAGCGCACUCAUCGCGUAUUCUGACAGGCUGCUUGGGAGAAAUGAAUGCCCAGCAGGAAUCGAAUGUGGUCGAGGUUUUUCUACCCUAUUGGGACUCUCAGCAAAAUAAGAUGUGGCUGCUGUUGCCAUUUGGUUGCCGGUUGUCCAUGCUCGCUCUUUUUUCAGCGGCUUAA